UGGUCAAAAAGAAUGGAUUUUACAGAGGCUUACUCUGACACUUGCUCCACGGUUGGACUUGCUGCCAGGGAAGGCAACGUUAAAGCCUUAAGAAAACUGCUCAAAAAGGGACGUAGUGUUGAUGUUGCUGAUAACAGGGGAUGGAUGCCAAUUCAUGAAGCAGCUUAUCACAACUCUGUAGAAUGUUUGCGGAUGUUGAUUCAUGCAGAUUCAUCUGAAAACUACAUUAACACAAAGACUUUUGAAGGCUUCUGUGCAUUACAUCUUGCUGCAAGUCAAGGACAUUGGAAGAUCGUACAGAUUCUUUUAGAAGCUGGAGCCGAUCCUAAUGCAACUACUUUAGAGGAAACCACGCCACUGUUUUUAGCUGUUGAAAAUGGACAGGUAGAUGUGUUAAGGCUGUUGCUUCGACAUGGAGCAGAUGUUAAUGGAUCCCAUUCUAUGUGUGGAUGGAACAGCUUGCACCAGGCUACUUUUCAGGAAAAUGCUGAGAUCAUAAAAUUGCUUCUUAAAAAAGGAGCAAACAAGGAAUGCCAGGAUGACUUUGGAAUCACACCUUUGUUUGUGGCUGCUCAGUAUGGCAAGCUAGAAAGCUUGAGCAUACUUAUUUCAUCGGGUGCAAAUGUCAAUUGUCAAGCCUUGGAUAAAGCUACUCCCUUGUUCAUUGCUGCUCAAGAGGGCCACACAGAAUGUGUGGAGCUUUUGCUGUCCAGUGGGGCAGAUCCCAAUCUAUACUGUAAUGAGGAAAAUUGGCAUUUACCUAUUCAUGCAGCUGCACAAAUGGGCCAUACAAAAAUCUUGGACUUGUUAAUACCACUUACUAACCGAGUCUGUGACACUGGGCCAGACAAAGUGAGCCCUGUUUACUCAGCGGUGUUUGGAGGGUAUAAAGCGUGCCUAGAAAUGUUACUCCAGUGUGGCUACAGCCCAGAUGCCCAGAUUUGCCUCGUCUUUGGACUCAACUCUCCCAUGUGUAUGGCUUUCCAAAAGAACUAUGACUUCCCUGGAAUGGCAAAUAUUCUUUUGAAAUAUGGAGCCCAGCUAAAUGAACUUGAUUUGGCAUACUUCCUGAAGUGUGAGAAGUUUUCAGUAUUUCGCUACCUUUUGAAGAAGGGUUGCCCGUUAGCACCGUGGAACCAUAUAUCUGAAUUUAUAAAUCAUGCAGUUAAAGCACAAACAAAAUAUAAAGAAUGGUUACCAUCUCUCCUGCUUGCUGGAUUUGACCCACUGAAUCUACUAUGCGGUUCAUGGAUUGACUCAGUCAGCGAUGACACCCUUAUCUUCACUUUGGAGUUUACUAAUUGGAGGAGACUUCCUCCAACUGUUGAAAAGAUGCUCUCUGCUCGUGCCUCAAACUCCUCUUGGGCUCUACAGCAACAUGUUGCCUCUGUUCCAUCCCUGACCCACCUUUGUCGUUUGGAAAUUCGGUCCAGUCUGAAACCAGGACACCUACGAUCUGACAGUUUUAUCUGUCAGUUACCCCUUCCCAGAAGCCUACAUAAUUAUUUGCUCUAUGCAGAGGUUCUGAGGAUGCAUGAAGUUCCAGAACUGGCCGUUAUUCAAGAUGGAGAAAUCAGCAAGGCUACUUAACACAGCCUACUUACUCUGAAAACCACCAAGACAAAAAGUCAUGGAAUACGAAUUCUUCAUGAUUUAAUAGUCAUAAAAGAUGAUUUUUGUUUUUGUGGUUGGUUAGGUUUUGACGGACAAUAGUUUAAUGCAAAUUACCCCUGGGCUCAUUGGUAAAAAAAAAAUAUUGUAAACCUCACUUAUGUUACUUUAUUGCAGUUUUAUCACCAGUACAUUUUAUGUUGUAAUAUUCAUUUACCUAACCAUUUUCUGGUAUAUUCUGUUAAUGAACUGUAAUGCCACUUCUAGUGCUAAACAU